AUUGCAUCGGGCCUUUGAUUGUAAACACACUAGCUAUUUUACAUCAAUGGCAAUGAAAUUUAUCAUCUUAAUCACCGUUUUCAUAGUCGUAUUAGGUGCAUCACAAACAAAAGCUCAACUCCCUCCUAUUUCUCUUAAUGGUGACGGUUUGAUAAACGUCAGUGGAAUUAUAUAUUGUUCUGUGAAUAGUACCAUCGUUGUUAAUGGCUCAAACCCAACCCCUACCUUCCCAAAUGCUCUAGUCCUACUAGUAUGUGGUGAAAAUCUGAUAGGCUCGACCAUGACAAAUGGAAUAGGAGCAUUCAACAUAACUUUAAGGGGGAGUCCACUUCUUGUAACAACCCUUUUAUCGUCUUGCAAGGUAGUUCUUGCUACACCGCCCUCGAAUUGUAACGCAACCCUACCAGCCAAACCUUUACAAGCGUCACUAGGAUAUGUGGGGAGCAACAUUGUUGGGCUUUCCAAAGUUACGACUUUAACCCCAAAAGAGCCAUUCACAUGUUUGGCCUUAAUAAGGAUUCGAUUAGGAUGAUUUCGUUAUGCUAUUAUAUAAUGUAAGAAUAAAGAAAGACAUUGAUCUUUAUAAUAUCUCUAUAUUUCAAAUGUUUGUAACGUGAGAAUGCCUCUAUAUAACAUAUGAAUAAAGGAACUUAUUGAUUAUUC